AUGCGGACUUGUCUCCGCUCCAUUCUUGGCUCUCCCGAAGCAACACCGCAUCUCCAACACCUCCUCCAACACCACCCACACCCUCCACGCAUCUCCACCGCCACAAUGAUAACGAAAUACCUCACCGGCGUCACCACGACCUUCUCACCCUUCAACGCGCGCUCCGGCAAAACCGCCCGCAACUUCCUCGCCCUACUCCCACCCAAUGCCCGCUCAACCAUGGCCAUCGACGUCAAAAUGUUGCCGAAAGCACAGGCUGCUACGCCGGUGUUUUUGGGGUUGAAGUUUAAAGAUGGAAAGGAAAUGAAUCUAGACUUGGAGAAGCUGAAGAUCAAGGAUAUACAGGAAGAGGUUGAUAGACACUCGAGAAUGUUGAGACGGAUAGAGGAUCUGAGUGGAAAUUAA